AUGAGUGCUUUGCGAAAAUUAACGAGCAGCGCUUCUAUUAAACGGCCACGGCAAAGUACACCGACUUCUUCAAGUCAAGGCUUGCGCCUGUUCUGGCUUGAUAAUGAUUUCAACAAUAAACAUAGUCAAAAUUCCCUCCGAGAACUGCAACAGAUCGUUGACAUUAUCGAAACAUACACAGAUGUCGACAAAUGCAUUAUGGCGAUUAAUAGUCUUUCGAAUGAAAGACUUUGUUUAAUUUCUUGUGGUUCAUUAGGCGAAACAACAGUUCCUGUAAUUCAUAAUCGUCCUCAAGUCGAUACGAUCUAUAUCUUUUGUCAGAAUCGCACUCGACAUGAACAAUGGGCGCGCAAUUGGUCCAAAGUCAAAGGUGUCUAUACAGAUUUCGACUUGAUUUGCAAAUCGCUCAAACAAACACGUCAAGACCAAGGUCAAGAUUUGGUUUCGAUAAGUUUUGUCGGCGCAAAUGACGUCUCGACUCAAAAUCUCAACGGACUGGAUAAAUCGUAUAUGUACACGCAGAUACUAAAAGAGAUUUUCCUCACCAUCAAUUUCGAACAGAGACAUUUUCGAGAAUUUCUCAAUCAUUGUCGGGCACAUUCUCGUGGAACACUAGAGGAUGAGGAAAUAAUCAAACAAAUCUCCCAGAACUACCAACAACGUAAUGCAAUUUAUCUGUACACGCAAGAAACUUUUCUUUACUCAAUGAUCAAUAGGGAUUUACGAACGAUGAAUGUCGAUGCGAUGAUCAAAACAGCCGUUUUCAUUCGCGAUCUUCAUAAUCAAAUUGCCCGUUUACAUUCACAAGAAUAUGGAAGACACCGACCGUUGGAGCUACUCAAGUUGUAUCGAAGUCAAAGUUUGUCAAACGAAGAUUUCGAUAAACUGAGCAAAAGCAAUGGUGGAUUGUUAUCGUUCAAUCAGUUCUUAUCGACAAGCAAAAAGAAAGAGGUCUCACUAGAACUCAUUCGAAAGAAGGAACAAACGACAGAUUCAGUACAAAUUCUGUUUGUUAUGACCAUUGAUCCAUCGAAAUCAUCAACGCCUUUCGCAAAUAUAAGUUCACAGAGUAACUUUCAAAAAGAAGAGGAAAUUCUUUUUUCCAUGCACGCGAUUUUUCGUAUUGAAAAGAUCGAACCAACUGAUUCCUGUGAUCUGCUAAAGAAGGUGUAUUUAACAUUAACGAACGAGAACGAUCAGCAACUUCAACAGUUAACUGAAUGCUUGAGGAACGAAACAGAAGGAUCAACAGGAUGGUAUCGACUAGGAAAACUCAUGCUUAAAUUAGGUCAAUAUACAAAAGCGGAAAGUUUAUAUCAAAUCCUAUUGAAUGAAAAUCCGAAUGAACAUGAGCGUGCGCAUAUACACUGCCAAUUAGGCUUGAGCAAAUAUCACCAAGGAAAGUAUUCGGAAGCCAUUUCAUUGUUUGAAAAAUCGCUGGAUCUAUCUCGACAUACUUCAUCAGACGAAAGAAACGUUGCAGAAUGCUAUAAUGGUAUGGGCUUAGUUCAUUGCAAGCAAGCUGACUAUUCCAGAGCGCUUCGAUACUACAAAAGAGCGUUGGAAAAACGAAAGAAUAUUUUAUCUAUAAAUCACUCGGAUAUUUCGGAAUUAUACAAUAAUAUCGCUUAUGUCUAUCAACAGUUGGGCGAACAUGAUGCAGCGAUCGAUUCUUACAAUAAAGCGUUUGAUAUCUACCAGAAAAAUCUUCCACCCAAUCAUCCAGACUUCGCAGCAUAUUAUAAUAACGUCGGUUUAAUCUGUUUAAAAGAUCUUGAUUAUUCGACAGCACUUGGAUAUCUCCAAAAAGCAUUAGAAAUUUACAGGAACACUCUUCCCGAGAAUCAUCCUAGCUUAGCUACGCUAUAUAACAAUAUGGGUAUGAUAUAUGUCGAGAUGAAUAACCUUGACCUAGCACGUUCAUAUUAUGAAAAAGCACUGGAAAUCCUGCAAAAAUCCUUCUCAUCAACACAUUCCGAUCUAGCCGCAGCGAAUGUGAAUAUCGGCAGCUUAUACGAGAAAAUGAAAGAAUAUUCCAAAGCGUUGUCAUGCCAUGAGAAAGCACUGGAGAUUUUGAAGAAAACUCUUCCUUCAAAUCACCCGGAUUUAGCUCGAUGUUAUGGGCAUAUUGGUGUCGUUUACUUUCGAAUGGGUCAGCAGACAAAUGCAAUCGCGUUUUGUGAACACGCUGUGAGAAUUGCAGAGAAAGUAACACCGCCAGAUCAACAGCUAAUUCAAUCGUUUAAAAACAAUCUAGAGUGUGUCAAGAAGAAUGCAUGA